AUGGCCGACGCCCGCCCAAAACACAUGAGUAGUCCCAUUUCUCUCCAUGGAAUCGACAUCUCUUCCCUGGACGCCCGCGAUGUCUUUGGUUUGACCAUGGGCAGCGACCUGGCCGCUCUUCCCGCCGCAUCACCCGACCUCUCGCGCGCGCGUGAAGACGCCGACCGUCAGAGCUUCCGUUCAGCUCACAGUCCUUCUCUAUCUGCUGACCGCAUUACCGACGAUGGCCCUGUCUCUCACUUUGACCCUCCGUCCGAGUCUCGCUCUCGCUCCGUCUCUACCUGGAUCUACCCCUACCGCCGACCUCCAGGUUCCUCGCCUGCCUUGUCCAUUGGUGCCAAAGACAGCGACGACGCUUCGGCUGCUCCUAUACCUGUCAUUCCUUCGUUAGAUUCAAGCCAGCGCNCCUUUACCGCCGCCGCUCCGCAAUCCUCACCAGCCGUUCAUUCCACUUCAGCCUCGAAUCUAAACUCGAACAAUACCAAACCCAAGCCGGGCAAANAGCGUAUGCCUGUUUUGNGGAGAUCAAAGUCACUGCGCGCCGAAGAUCAGCUCAACGCCCUCACCGACAGCAAGUCAAAAACAAAAUCGCCUGUCAUCAAGCAGUCCAAGCACGGCGUACAUAGCAAGUCAACGCCAGCCAUUGAAAUGCCGCCCAUGCAGAAGCCUCUUCCCGACAACAACCGCAAGUUUAUGGGCAUCAUGCGCGACCGCUCCCAGGACAGGGCUGAUGCCGAACCGGGAAACAAAGCAAAGGCCAAGAAGGAAAAGGGCCAGGACCGUGAGGGCCUCAUGUACAAGAACAACAACACAUCGGCCUUUUUCGACUUCCGUCAGAGCUCAUCACGCGCGACCGACGGUUUCACCAAGGCCAGCAAAGGCUUGUUGAGCAAGAUCACUCGUGGUGGCAGCAACCACGGCAAGCCCCAACCUGUCACUGACGAUGGGGACUAUGUUGUGCAGGUUCUGAACAAAGGCCUCAUUGAACAGACGCGCCUUACACGAAUUGCGCAAUCGUAUGAUGACUGCAAGGAUAAGACCGAGUUCUGGAUGCCCGCUUUGCCGUGGCGCGCGAUUGAGUACGUCCCCCGAUCUUUGACCACUUUACACGCUGACUCUUUGCAGUNNUACCUAAACGGCAAGUGCGAAGAAGAAGGCCUCUACAGGGUCUCCGGUGGUGUCGCCAACGUAAGAAAGUGGAGGAGACGCUUCGACACGGACGAGUCGGAACUGUACGACGCCAGCAUUAUUGCCUCCCNNCUAUUCAAGGAAUGGAUUCGUGAACUUCCCGAGGACAUUUUCCCCAAGGAUUCACAGCACCGCAUCACCUCUCAACUACCUACCGAGAUACCCGACAAAGGCUUUGUCCCCGAGAUACUUCGCUGCGAGCUUCAGAACCUUCCCNCCUUCAACUACUAUCUCCUCUUCGCUAUCACCUGCCAUCUUAGCCUGUUGCUCGAGUAUCAGCACAAGAACAAGAUGACUUUGGACAACUUGUAUCGUUGUUUUAAUCAAUCGCUAAAACUCGAUGGCCGUAUCUUCUAUACUCUGGUUGGAAACUGGCGCCUGUGCUGGGCUGGCUGUGUUACCGAGAACGACUACCUUGUUAAGGAGUAUGAUUAUCUCAAGCACCCUUAUCCUCAGUUCAUCCAGGAUAGUCUGGCAGCGAACGAGCGUGCGAUUUCAUCAUCGGAAAGUAGCGCCCCUCCUGCCAACGGAAGCUUUACUCCCGAAGCUCAGCGCCCUGCGACAUCGCACACGGUCGUUUCGCAAUCCAGUGAAAGCGAUGAGCCCUUUAUCACUCCAGUCAAGAAGAACAAGCGCAGCUCUUCCGAUGUCACCGGACUCUCGCCAAUGCGGUUCAACUCUAGUCCUCUGUACUGGGGACCGACAUCCAACCCCUGA